AGAGGGUUAAGAGAAAUGAGCGCCCACUAUCUACCACUCUGUGGAGGUUCAGCUGGCUUUUGCAGAGGUUUCUCAUUGCUGUCAAAACGCUGCAGCUGUGCUGAACUGAUCGGAACUCAUUCAGUUUCAAGCCUAAGAAAAGUGAGAUUUUGCGGACACGACAAUGGGGAAGGGCUGCAUCACGGCGACCAAAUACUUCCUGUUUCUCUUCAACCUCUUCUUCUUUAUUUUUGGAGUCGUCCUUUUUGGAUUUGGACUUUGGAUUCUUCUGGAUAAUCAGAGCUUCAUUACUGUUCUGCAGGAGUCCUCCAGCUCCCUGAAGGUGGGCUCCUACAUCCUGGUUGGCGUUGGCUCACUCUCUGUUCUCAUGGGCAUCCUUGGCUGCUUUGGGGCUAUCUAUGAGAUCCGCUGUGUCCUGGGCCUGUACUUCACAUGCCUCCUGGUGAUCCUCAUUGCCCAGAUGACAGCUGCUGUGCUGAUGUACUUCCAGAGGGACCUGCUGAAGAAUGAGAUGUCCAUCAUUGUGAAUAAGAUCUUGGUGGACUACGCUGGAGGCAACAAGACUACAGAGCAAGCCUGGGAUUAUCUCCAGAGGACAAUUCACUGCUGUGGCUGGACCGGACCGGGCAACUGGACUGAGAACACGCUCAUCAGGAACAGCUCCCGGGUGCUGUACCCCUGUUCCUGCCGAAAUAUGUCCCUGCCCGGCGUGGGCCUGGAGGAGAAAGGCCUGUGCGAGUCACUGUCCUCGGAAUGGCCCGUCUACCAGACGGGUUGUAUCUCCAGUGUGGAAAGCUGGCUCUUCAACAACUACGGAGUCAUCAUUGGGAUUUGUGCUGGAGUAGCAGCCAUUGAGUUCCUGGGAAUGCUGCUCUCCAUUUGCUUGUGCCAGAGCAUCCAGCAAGUGGACUACACCAAAGUCCCGGCGUACUGAAGACCCCCCCACGGCGCUGACACCCACCUCUUCUCUCCACAAUAUCCUACGCAGACACUGACGAUCUCUGUGUCACUCUCCUAACACACAGACACAAACACACUCACACACACACACACACUGUCCUCUGCCAUGAUACUGAUGCUGGAGAGAUAUGUAACCUCAUUACUGUAGCUCAGAUGAUGCUGAAGUCUUUCAUUUCAGUUUCAGGUACUGAGGGUGGGGGCUGUAUUGGUAGGAAGGUCUUUGUCGAGCAGUUUUAAACCCAGGAGUCCUACACCUCAGCCCUCCGACUGAAUAAGCACCAACCAGGCAAGAAAAGAUAAAGCUGAUCCUUAGCCAGGGCCAACGAUGCAUAUUUCAGUGUGAUGUUAUGACUUUUAUUAAUGUCAAGGUAGUGUUUUAUUACGAUGAUGUUUUAGGUGAGAAUGGAAGUGCUUUGUAUUGUAGCUGUUAGUCCAGUCCUGAGAGCACUUUAGUACAUUUUUCAAAGCUGUUGAUCAGUGACGUGGAGACCAAAAAAAAGCCAGACCCUGGCUUUGGGGGAGGAGGGGGGGUCAAGGCCAAAUCCAAAUUUCUGUUUGAUUUGUUGCAUUUUAUUCAGUGCCCCCCCAUACCUGCUGCACCCUAUUGGCUGGGCACACUGUUAUUCGGCAUUAUAUGGGCUUCUGUCUGGUUCUGCAGAGCCCAUAUGCAGUGCAGUGCCAUUCGCUAUCACCAGUGCAGGCUGCAGUGUUGCCAUGCCAAUCAUGCUGCAGUGUUGCCAUGCCAACUCCUCCUGUUCCCUUGGCAUUUGAGUUUGGCUUGGCUGGUCUUUAAAAGAAUUAGCUUAUUAAAAAAUUCUGCAUAGUUUUAGCAAGAAUUAUUUUGGUGGGUGCAUGUUUUUCUAUUGUAAAACUCUCAUUUAUGUCUUAAAAAACAGUUGUUUACUGAAUGCCACUGAUUUAAACAUGUUUCUCCUUUUUUGGUACCUGAUGGCGUGUGUGUUUUUCUGAAGGUUUGCUGGUCACAGUAAUACCAUGUCAGUUGGAUUAUUUAAUAUGGCUUUUAUAAUUAAUGUUAAAUUAGUUACUCGAAAAUGAUAUGGUCAGUGUAAUCAGCAGUUUUGUAUAAUAAAAAGCUUUUGAUUUAA